UUACAGUACUUACUUGUUGGCUACAGUAUUGCUGUUGCAGUGUUGACUGCUCGCACUACGGUAGUUCAGAUUUGCUUUUUUCAACCUACUGCUUAAAAACUUUUUAUCCCAUAAAUUGCGUGGAUGCACUAGCAUCCAGAACCUUCCACGAAUCGCUUGUAUAUAAAGCUUCCUCCCGAUAAAUUCACUGUCAACAUGGCAGACAAAGCCAAGCAGGGCAAUGGCGAACCCGAUCCUGAUAUGCUGGAAGAAGACACCAACUAUCGUCCACCAGCACAGAAAGCGCUGGAGGAGAUCCUCAAUACGGAUAAGGAAGACGAGAGCCUGCAAAAAUAUAAAGCAGCUCUGCUGGGCAGUGCCGCUGGAGGCCAAGGGAUUAUCGUUAAACCAGAGGAUCCGCGGAAGGUUCUUGUGCAGUCAUUGCAGCUGGUGGUGGACGGACGCCCUGAUGUGACGCUCGAUCUCACCGACAUCAAUAACGUCAAGGGAACGAAGUUUGUCAUGAAGGAGGGCGUUCACUAUCGGUUGCGCAUUAAUUUCUACGUUCAACGGGAAAUUGUAGCCGGAUUGAAGUAUGUCCAAAAAGUCCAGCGGAUGAACGUGCCUUUGGAGAAGACGACACACAUGGUGGGCAGCUAUCCUCCAGCGGCGACGAUGCACAGCUUCCAGACGCCACUGGAAGAAGCCCCCAGCGGCAUGAUGGCACGCGGCAGCUACAGCAUCAAAUCGCUCUUCACGGACGACGACAAGAAUGAACAUCUGAAAUGGGAAUGGACGCUGGAGAUUAAGAAGGACUGGUGAGAACGGCGCAUUCGGUUGGCCUUCAUUUUGGGUCGUUUCCGGUUUCUACCUUCUUUUAGCAUGGCAGGAUUGUUAGCGCGUCCAGUGAAUCCCUCCCAUCAAAAGUUCAAGGUUUGACGGUGAAUGCGUUCUUCGCGUCCGUUAGUUUGUUUUUUGAAAAAUGGUGCUUGUUGUUAGCUUGAUUAUAUGGUUAGUUCCGUAUUCCGCCUUUUGUACUUAGCCUGCGUCGUUUUGUGAUUGGUUUUAACAGUUUUUUGCAGAGUUAUUUUGUAAUUUUGACAUACUAGUGCAAAGUAUUCAUCGCGGAAACUUCGUUAUUGUUUUACAUGUUUUAUUUAAUUGCUGUUUUGAACAAGAAUAAAAUUCUGGUUAA